AGGGACGUUGUUAUUGUUCCGUCGCUCCUUGAAGAGUCGCAGUUUUCCUCAAAACCCAGGCUUCAUAAAACCCCGAGGGGCGUCCCAGCGGGCAUGCUAGCACCAGCUGGACACAAUGUUGCGGUCCACCGGCUUCUUCCGCGGGAUUGACUGCCCGUUUCUCGACGACGGGAAAGGUGUUGGAAAUGGGUGUAACAGACCUCACUGUCACUUCAGGCACAGCCGGCAGAGACUCUCCUCCUGCGGGGCUGCUGCAGACAGCAGGACCCCCAGAGACCUCCACCCCGGACACAAAGAUCAAGGCUACGACCCCUUCAACCCAGAAGUGGUGAGGCCGCAGGAUCAGCAGAAUGGGAAGUCAGGAGACCUCACCGGUGCUCUGGAGAUGGUCAACAAGGCCAUCGAGCAGGCUCGCUGCGAGGUGGAGAGGGAGAAGAAGAAGCUCUCUCAGAUCGGGGAUGAACAAUACACUCCCAGCGAGAGAACUAGUUCGUCUCGACCUGAAGCUGCGAAAAGUAAAACAGCAGCAGCAGCAGCUGGUUCCCACUUGGGCUACGAUCCUGGGACUUAUCAGAUGACAUCAAAAGGUUACAAUCCGGCUCCAGGCUGCAGCAAGUACACCUUGGAUUCAGACAAUCAGGGGAACAAUAAUAACUCAAUGGAAUAUAUUCCUACUUCACUGAAAAAGUCUUCUGCUCGCGCGCAAUUGCAUCAACAACCCUCUCCUCCUCGCAGCCCAAAGUAUUCGACCAGCACACCAUCCUCCAAGUGCAAAUACACUCUGGACAAUUCAAAGCCCUCUACAGACAUGGAGUACGACCCCCUGUCCAACUACGCUGCUGGAAUCGCAGUGAAAAGCAAGAAGGACGAGGCUCAUCAAUCAGUUAAGACUAAGGGAAGUGUGGCACACAAACCACCGGGGACCGAUAGGUCGGAUUUGGAGUAUGUUGUGGCCGUGAAAAAGCCGCAGCAGACGGGUGUAAACACAAAAAAGUACACCAUCUCUGACUCUGACGGUGAGAGCUCUGGGACGGAGUACCGGCCCACCUCGCUCAGCAACCUCCAGCAGAGGAAAGCCAACACUGUGUCGGCUGCGAACGCUUUUGAGAAGGACAGGAGAGACAGGGCUGCGAGUGUGCUCGAGGCUUUGAAACGGAGGAGCAAAGAGAUGUUGCUACCGGACUCAGACCUCCAGGAAGGCGAUAGACAAAAAGACAACCUAGACAAGAAGAAAGCGGUUGAUCAAACUAGUCACGAGAAAAGAGUGAAGCACGAGCGAGUGCACAAACUUGAAAAUGAAAUAAAGAAAUCCUCCAGUAAGACUAGUAGUAAAAGUAAAGAGAAAGGGUUGGUGAAAAGCUCCAGCCAGGACGGCACAAAGAAAGAGAACAAGAGUAGCGGGAAGAAAGAUGACAGGAAAGAUGUGUUGAAGGUGAAAACUUCUGAUAAAGUUCAGCGGGAAGGCAGAGAUGAAAAGAGGGUUGAUGGAAAGAUUAAGACGGUGGAAAAAAUGAAAAGAGACUUGAGCAGACAAGAUAAAGAUUCAAGGGAAAGCAAAAAACUGAAAACGUCAGACAGAGAAAAAGAAAGAGAGCACAGCAAAUACAAAGAGCACCAACUCAAAAAUGGUAAACUUGACAGUAUUAGAAGAGAAAAAGACUUAAAGAAAAUGAGUAAGAGCAGCUCGAGCAGCAGUAAAGGAAGUUCGGCUAACAGUAACAAUAAAGUGAAGCAGAACUCCUCCAACGGGAAGAGACUCGAGGACAAAAAGCAGAAUUUGAGCCACGUGGAUCUGUUCGGGGACGAGAGUCCAGACGAGGCUGAGCGUUUGGAGAUGGAUUAUGAGGACGAGGUAGAAGAAGUCCUGGUGAGGAAAUCGGCCGACGCGUUAAAGAGGGGGCGUCUGAACAAGAGGAAGGCCUCGGAGCGGACCCCGUCGUCCUCGGAGGACGAGGCCGAUAACACCGUGGACUACAGGACGGGUCCGGCCGUCGACGACGUGGAUUUCUCCAGGUUUCAGGAGGAUCUGGACUUUGAUUCCGAUCCCAUGGAGGAGUGUUUGAGGAUCUUCAACGAGUCCAAAGAUGUGAAGUGGGAGGACAAAGGAAGGCAGGCGAAACAGGUUCAGUCUUCGAGGGAUUCGGAGGAGGACAAAAGCACAGAAAGCACUUUAACAACUCUCUUCCCUGGUCAAAAGAAGAGAGUCUCCCAUUUAGUUGCCAAAGGAAAUACUGAUGCACCUUCAAAGCCCGUGGCCCGGCCUUGUAAGCGGCUCUCGGCCCAGGAGGUCUGCUACCAGCGGAUGCAGAUGGCGCAGCAGCAAGCCGCUCAGCUCUCUGCCUCGGUCAAAGCCGCCUCUCUGAGCCUGAGCCCCGGCUUUUCCGGGGAGAAGAAGAGGAUAGCCCACCGUCCCAACCCGCAGACAUCGACCUUUAAAACAAGUCCUGUGGACGUUAGAUCGACCACCAGUCAGGCGUUAUCCCCCAGUCACAGUCUUCAGGCUGUCAAGGCCCAAACAACGGCUGGCAUUCUGUCCAAGACCUCCUGCACGACCACGCAGAAACGGGUGGCACACAGGCCCACCAUGAAGAGCUCGUCAAUGGCGCGUCCUGUCAUCCCCUCUGAGUUCGGGGCCAAAGUUCCCACCAACGUCCGCCAGCGCUACCUCAACGCUUUCAUCGACGAAUGCCUCAAGUUUUGCCCAUCAGAGGAAGCGGCCUACCAUACGGGGCUUGAUGAGGAGAAGAUGGUGUACGACCGCAGUAGCAGUAAGAACAUCUACCUCAACGUAGCCGUCAACACGCUGAAGAAACUCCGGAACAAGACCACCUCCUGUCCGCCAGCCGCCUCCAAGCAACCUGGGUUAGCAGCUAAAAGGAGACCACAGUCCCACGAGGAGGUUCUGGGGGGUCGUCUCGCUGCCACGACCAGUUUCACCAUGAACAGGUCGGGUAAACAUCUGGAGGAGAAGCUCACCGGAGCCACGCUGUACAGGAAGCUGAAGGCGUACCUGAUGACGGACGAGCAGCUCCAGGAGCACGGAUACCCCAGGAUGAACCCGGAGGCCCCGGGCAAGGCCGUCAUUCACAACGUCCCAGAGAAGAAGGCCGUCACCGACCAAUUCGCCAAGAUAUGCUGUCGAUGUGGUGCAGAGUAUAAAAUCAACGUCAAUGGCAACUGUGUAAGGAAAGAGGAAUGCAGUUUUCACUGGGGGCGUUUACGCAGACAUAAAGUCGCUGGAGGCUGGGAGACGUCGUACAACUGCUGCUCCGCUGCCGUGGGCGGUCCUGGGUGCCAAAUUUCCAAGCAACACGUGCAGGACGGGCGUAAAGAGUCACUAGACGGCUUUGUCUCGACGUUCGACAAAGGUCUGCCACCGGACGGAAACGGGGGAGUGUUUGCUUUGGACUGUGAGAUGUGUUACACAAAACAAGGACUGGAGCUGACGAGGGUUACGGUGAUCGACUCCGAGAUGAAAGUCAUCUACGACACGUUUGUGAAACCCAUGAGCAAAGUGGUCGACUACAACACGCGGUUUUCAGGUGUGACUGAGGAAGACUUGGAGAACACCACCAUCACCAUGAGAGAUGUUCAGGCUGUGCUGCUCAGCAUGUUCAGCAGUGAAUCCAUCCUCAUGGGACACAGCCUGGAGAGCGAUCUCCUCGCUCUGAAGCUCAUCCACAGCACGGUAGUCGACACGGCCAUCGUGUUUCCUCACCGCCUCGGUUUGCCCUACAAGCGGGCUUUGAAGAACCUCAUGGCCGAUCACCUCAAACGCAUCAUCCAGGACAAUGUGGAGGGCCACGACUCCAGUGAAGAUGCGUCUGCCUGCAUGGAGCUGAUGAUGUGGAAGAUUAAGGAGGAUGCAAAGGUCAAAAGAUGACCUCGGACUUCCCCGUUCUGCAUUCAGCAGUUGGACUUCCUGCUUACGUGUUGGUUGCAGCGAGACACAAAAGUUCAAAAGGAGGCAAGCACUUGUUAUCAGAGAGCUUAGGUCAGAAACACAGAGGUAAGAGUCGGGUGGUUCAGAGCAGCCAGACAAUAACAAGCGUGAGAGGAGAGAAACGUCGUUUAUCAAUGAAGAGAGCUAUCAGCGCCUUAAAAGCAAUAGGAAAUCUAAAUUAACAAUGUUUUUCAUUUGUUUAUUGAUACUUUCUAAAUUAUGUUUGCUAAGAGGUAUUUCUGUUUAUUUGAGUGUUGUCUUUAAGGCCUCAAACUUACUCAUGAGUAAAACCUUUCUAUGGAAGAACUACUUAAAAAGCAGGGCGGUCGUCUGCUGAACAUUGAUAGAUAUAUCCACGGUGGGCUGUACGUUAAGCCUGACUUGCACUAUAAAAGAUUGCUCUUGUUCAGGGCCCAAGUCCGAGUACCUCGUGUGUUGUGAUGCAUUCACAUGUAACCACAAACUUCUAUUUAGUUAUACUGAAACCUAUUGAUUAUAUUAGUCUGUCAAGCACUGCUUUGUAAAAUGCACAUGUGUUUUUUUCCACUUGCACCUAGGUUUUUGUCACUGAUGUGCUAUUUUUGUGGCCGUUCUUAUCGAUUUUCUAGUUAGGCUCUCAAACAUGAAAAAAAAAGAAAUCCUUUAAUACUUGAUUAUAUAUUAAAAAAAAAGACCCUCAGCUACUACCUACCGGUAUUUUUUUUUCUUUUCUUUUUUUUUGUAAAGCAUAACUAUUGAAAAUUCGGAUUACAGCCACCGCGGUCUCUGUGUUACGUGCAGUGAUUAAAACAAGACUACAGGAAGCUUUGUGAUGGCAGAAAUUAUGUUAUUCCUCCAUAAAAUAACAAAAAAUAGAUUCAGUAUUUUUUUUAUUUUUUUUUCAGGGCCCACUUAUUAAUUGCAAAUGGUUAUGAGCUAACCUGUGCUAUUUUACGUUGACAAUGACUGAAAAUAGACCACACACAUGUACAUAUGUUGGAAGCAGUUUCCUUUGUAUUUCUUUUAUUUUUUUUUCAGUUGUUUAUCUUUUUCUAUUAAAAAGAAAAAAUUAA